ACGGGGGCGUGUCUGCCAAAAUGUCCUCAGCCAAAAGUGGUGCUCGUUCGGGCGCCGCAGAAAAAAACGGCUCGGUUUCGGCGCUCGGCAAGUCGGCGAGCAGCGAUCUGACGUCGCCCUGGUCCAGAGCGUUCACAGCGAACGCGGAGUGGCCUGACAAGGAUGAGUUUCUCGACGUCAUUUACUGGGCCCGACAGAUCUUGGGGAUUGUCAUUGGAAUUGUUUGGGGAAUUUUGCCUUUGAAGGGAUUCGUCGCGCUGCUUUUAUUUGCUGUUGUGAAUGCUGGCCUGAUCUAUCUGUAUUUUUCUACUUUCCAAAACAUCGACGAGGAGGAAUUUGGAGGUGCCUGGGAAUUAACGAAAGAAGGAUUUAUGACUUCAUUUGCAGGAUUUUUGGUAACAUGGAUCAUAAUUUACUCAGGACUGCACCAUCAAUGACACAGAUUUUCGGAAGAAGUGCUGAUGUGACUGAGGACAUUGAAAAAGUUAUUGCUGUGCUUUUGUUGACAAGCAGGCAAAGGAUGGUUAUUACGUUGUAAUUUAUUUGACUCUCCGCUUCAACAAGAUCCCUCAAAAGUAACCCGUACAUUUCCAUCGAUGUAAUUAUGCUGAAAAAGAGCGUAUAUGUAUUCUGAGUGUAGAGACAUUCGUCUUUGUGUUAUUGUUUUUCAUAUCAUCUAAUUAUAAUCCAAAUGCGUAAUCAAAGAAAACUGGAAAAUUGUUUGUAAUAAAGGGGCAGUUGGGCUGAGCACUG